AUCCAACCACCACUCGGUAACGUGGGUCCGGAUUGAAGCGAAGCAAAAAUUCGCAGUUUAAGCACAGGGCACAACAAGAAGUUCGGCAGGUGUAUGAAUGACAGGUCGGCUAGCAGACAGCGCGCGGCGCACAUGUGGAAUGCAGUGAGAUAGACAGACUUGUGCACGAAAGCAGAAAGUAGAACAAAAAAAAACACUUCAAUUGACAUGCGAACAAGUGCAAAAUAAAAUCAAAACUCACACACCGGAAGGAAACAAAAGAAGAAGCAGCAGAAAAAGAAGAAUCGAGAAAAAUAAAACCCAAACAAAUACAACAAAACACCAUUGCAAAAAAAAACAAACAUUUAAACGUACCAUUCAAUUUAAUGAGCAUUAGUCUCGCUUAGGCAGGGGACAACCACUGACAAAGAGCAAAUAAGCAAAUAACAUUUACUAGAAAUAAACGACAGCAAAAUAAUCGUAUACACCUAAUCUAAUAACAAUCAACUAAACAACAAAACAAACAAAAAAAAUAAUUCGCAAAAAAAAACCAAACCAAAAGUGUAACAAAAAGCACAAAGCAAACGAAAGCAAACAAAACCAAACCAAACACAAGGGAAUAAUAAAGCAAAUAUAAACACGUUUCGUAAAAGCAAAUAAUUAAAUCAGGAAAUCAGGAGGAACAAAGAGAGCGAGAGAGAGAGUGUAAGGGGAAGCGGCUACUAAGUGGGUUCGUUUGUCAGCGCGCAAGAUGACGCCCCAAACCCCGCAACCGAACAAAUACAAAGCAAAGCAAUAACCUAACAUAAUAGCAAACAGCAAAAACAAAAACCUAGGUUUAUCAGAUGACUCACCUAUUUACGAGUUGUGUGUGUGUUUUUCGAGUGUGUGUGUGUGUGUCUGUUGGUGGACGUAGUAACGUUGCGUGAAGUGACACCGAACAAAUCGUGUGCGUUUUAGUGUGUGCUAGAUAAACUGCAGGUGAUCCUGAGGUGGCGUGUAUAUGUGUGCGCGUGGCUCGAAAGUAGCCCCGUCUGUCUGAGCAGUAGAGGAAAAACAACAACAAAAAAAAGCUCCCUCUCCUCCCGCAACCAAAACCCCUGCUAACCUCAAAGCGAAGCAGCGCGCGCCCAAUGGCGACCGUUUCGGGUGCGUUUACCGUGCGCCAGUGUGUCGCGGUUGUCGGUGCGUGUUCGCGACCAAGCAAUCACAGUUAGUGUUCAUGCCGUUGUCCGCGUUUAUGGUGCUAGGUUUGACGCUGCGGAAGUGCCCGGCCCAGUGCGCGAAAUGAGGAUUGCAGCCGGACAAGCUGGUAGCAAGUGUGCGCAGUGCAAUAGCAGGUAGUGCCUAGACCAUCGAUCGCUUCGCGAUCGAACCAACACCUACACGAGCACCACCUGCACACCGGCAAAACCACUGCAUAGCGCGCGCUGCGGGUCUUGCGGUGUGUGCGUCGUCGUGUCCGAAGGCUUCCGUCGCAAUCAAAAUCUUCACGCCUCAGAGCAGCUCACGGCAACCGAAAACCGUUGUUCCGUUGCUUCUAAACCGCCAGUGACAACGGAAGAAUAGCCGGGGCAGAGGGGAAGAGUGGGACAGAGCCAAAUACACCAAGCAAACAUUCUCAGCAAGCAACCAGUACCUACGGAACACUCAUCUACUCAUCUUCGCGAAGCCUGUUUUUUUCUUGGUUUUCCGCGCAUUUCCCACACAGGGGUUGUGCGAUAGGUGACAGUGAGGUGUACGCGUAACGCGGUGUAACGCAGUGACAGUUUUCUCCCUCCCACCCUCAACACAAAAAAUAAAACGUUUUACACCGAGUGUUCGUGAUCGUGUGCGGAAACUGUGCCGGAACAUGUCGUCUCAAGUUUCGUGGUUUCACCGGUACCUUCCGCUUGGUCGAUGCAAGUUGACCGAACGCAGACUUUCUGGCCGUGGCACGUCGUGGUUGCUGCUCGCGCUCAUCCUGAUCAGCACACCGGGUAGACUACAUUCAACGGCAGCCGACGAUCGGGGACUUCACAAACGAGAAGCCGACUACACGUUAGAUGAUUCAUUCUGGAAUGAAGAAAGCCCAGUAGGUGAGGUGGAGCGUCUGCUGAAGGAGCACCAGCAAAACCAGGAGCUGGUGGAUAAGAUCGGUAGCAGUUACUACCAGAUCAUCUAUCCCGUACAGUUGCGCCAUCAUGAGAAGAUGGGCAUUUCCACGCGUGAAGUUAACCAGCCAAAGGUACGCUAUCGCCCCAAAAGACCCCACCCCCGAGGAGGAUCUAACAUGGGGCGGACUGGGAAGCAUUUUCAUCGAACAUCACUUUUGAUAAAAGCUUUUAACCAUAAAUUUCGAUUAGAUUUGGAAUUAAAUACACAAUUACUAGCUCCCAACAUUGUACAGAAGCACUAUCUACCUAGCGGGUUCGCUCAGGAUUCACAUCGAGAAAUUGAACACUGCUACUACCACGGCACGGUUAAAGACUAUCCGGGAGCUAGUGCAGCCUUCCACACCUGCAACGGUGUCAGCGGUGUG